AAAGUGAAAAAAAAAAACAUUUAUAAACUUUAUAAAUUCUGAAUUCGAAAUUAUUCGGAAAUUAUUUUUCAACUAUUUAAGUGCAAUUGCAUCAGAAUUUUUUGCUGCUCUGAUCGAAAUGCGAAACUGUGUUAAAUCCGCAAGAUGAACAGCAUUUGCGCUGCUUGGAUAAUUAACUGUGAUUAGGCACGUGGAACAUUAUGUCGAUAGUGAGACCGCAAGAGCAAAAAGUGAACAUUUCCCAAGAGACUGCAACAACGAAAAGUUUGUUUAUACUCAAAAGCAACAACAGCACAAGGAACAAAAUAUACGCGGAUAAACUGUACAACAGCAGCAUAGAACAAAGCAACAAUAACAAAAUCAGCAGCAACAGCAACAAUAAUAACAUUUGUUAUACGCAAUCAGCAACAAAUAUAACAGCACAAUUUGUGAACUUGAAGCAGGAGCACAAGCAGCAGCUUUACAGCCAGCCACAACAACAGCAACUGGAAGACAGGAUCAGCAGUCGACUGGGGCAGGAGCAGGCGCACGUACUGAUAGCCACGACACCGACGGCAAUGCCCGAGGUGCUCGCAGGAACGCCCACCCAAAGCCACAAUAAAGCCUCCGCUGUCGCUGCAUCCGUAAACGGCUCCAUGAUGAGCAGCGUGCGUUUGGCAACCAUUUCGCCGUCGCUGUCCAUGAACGGCAGCUCCAACGAAGCCACAAAUCUGCAUCCUCUCUCCAUGUACGGUGGGUCGAUUAGCCCGCAGUCAAAUGACAGCGGCAUGUCGGACAGCCACACCCACAGUCUGGGCAAGUUUGUGCCGGGCAGCGCGUACACGGACAGCCAUGGCCACAGCCUGAUGGGUAAAUCGAAUGGACAGAGCAGCGGCGGAGGUGGUUCGCAGUCAACGCUGACCGCCGCACAGAAGGAGCUCUUCUCGCAACGCAAGCAGCGCGAAUUCACGCCCGAUAACAAAAAGGACGAGAGCUACUGGGACCGAAGGCGGCGCAACAAUGAGGCGGCCAAGCGCAGCCGCGAGAAGCGACGUUACAACGACAUGGUCCUGGAGCAGCGCGUCAUUGAGUUGACUAAAGAGAACCACGUGCUCAAGGCGCAGCUCGAUGCGAUUCGCGAUAAGUUCAACAUAUCCGGCGAGAACCUGGUGAGCGUUGAGAAAAUUCUCGCUUCGCUGCCCACCAGCGAGCAGGUGCUGAGCAAUACAAAGCGCGCCAAGAUGAGCAGCGGCAACUCGUGUUCCUCCUCCUCCUCGGGAUCCUCGCCCUCCGGCGCCGGCUGCAGCUCCCCAGCCUCGCACACACACAGUGGCUACAGCAGCAGCAGCAACAAUGCCCCACCCCUCUCGCCCAUCAUCUAUGGUCCCAAUAGCAAUGUCAACGUCAACGUCAAUGCGGCCAAUGGACGCGCCAACGAGUCCUUGACAUCAGUGUCCAAUAAGAGCGGUCAUCACGUGGGUCAGCAUGGCCCACCGCCGCCGGCUCCACUUCAUUCCCAGCCUCAUCCGCAUCCGCAUCCGCAUCCACAUCCACACCAGUACCACCAGCUGCAGCAGCAACAGCACCAUCAGCAGGUGCAGGACGCUGCCCCCUCCACGAUGGAUACGCACAACCGCCCGCCGACCAACGCCAUUGCCAAUCUCCAUGUGCUGCAGCAAGCGCUUCACCGCAACGUCAGGCCCGAGGAUCUGGACAGCCUGCGCAAGGUGGUGGCCGUUGGCGCUCUCUAUAACGCAGCCGCAGUGGGAACGGCAUCACCGGCAGGCGCUGCAAUAUACACGCCUGCAACUGUAAAUGCAUCUUCGCCCGCGUCUGCCUAUGUGGCCAUCAGCAAGGACCAGCUGGAGGCUAACUAUCUGCACAGUCACAGCGUGGAGGGCGCCGUCAGCAGCAGUGCGGUCGAUGCAGUGAGCAGCUCCUGCUCCUCGGUCGUCAGCUCGGCGGCAGCCAGCGUGCUGAAUCUGUCCAGGCGCGCUUGCUCACCCAGCUAUGAGCACAUGCUGUCCUCGACCACAUCGCUGACGUCCCAUCACUCCUCCGCCUCCUCAGCAUUAUCUUCGUCCGCCUCCUCGUCAGGCGCCGUCUCCGGCGACGAUGAGCAGGAGCACGAUGGCUCAGACGGAACCAUUCAUCCGGAUCCGCAUGCGCUGGCGCUCGGCGCACACUUGACGCCCCUGCAGCGCAGCAGCCCACCGCACAACGGCGGCAGCACUAAUGAGGCCAACAACUGCCUGCCCCUGAAGCUGCGCCACAAGUCGCAUCUGGGCGACAAAGAUGCGGCUGCCACGGCGUUGCUCUCGCUGCAGCAUAUCAAGCAAGAGCCCAGCUGCAAUCGCUCCUCGCCUCCAGCGUGGAACGACGGCGGCGACAACUCGAGCGACGAGCGCGACUCUGGCAUCUCCAUUGCCAGUGCCGAGUGGACGGCACAGUUUCAGCGCAAGCUGCUCGCCCCGAAAGAGGCCGUCGUCUCGGUCGCCGUCGUCUCCAACGUUGAGCGCGAUCAGAUGCUGAAGAGCCAGCUGGAGCGACUCGAGUCCGAGGUGGCUAGCAUUAAGAGCAUGAUGAUACUCGGCGACUAGAAGCUGCUCGACGUGGAAACGGAUUUGUACUGGAGGAGAGAGAGCGAAGAGACAGACAAAUAUUUUUGUAAAGGCAGAGACUUUGGUUUGAGUUAUUCUGAUCGGACUUCGUGGAUGUAGCAGAAGAAGAACGACUCGGCGAGCACACAAGAAUAUAUCCAGCUUCUGCUGUGCUAUUAUAGAGAAUACACAUAUGUAUAUCAAAGAAGUCUCCUACAUGACAACUCAAUUUGUUUCUAUUUCAUAUUUUUCGAUAUUUCUGUGUAGAGUUUCGUAUAAUCGUGUCCAAGAAAUAUUUGAAGGCGAUAAGCUAAUUGUAUAGAUCUCGUUUUAUACGGAGCCAAGAUCGUUGGGCAGCCGUUAAAGCUAAAACUAACUGGAGUUGAAAUAUCUUUUGUUUGUCAUGCGUACAAGAAUAUAUAUCUAUAUCUAUAUACCUAUAUUUAUACACAACACAUACUGGAGACUCAGUCACCUAAAAAUUAUUUGGAACUUGUUCCAAUUUGUUAUAAAUGUAUCUCUUAAACAAAACACUAUAUCGUAUCGCGUUAGCCCAUUGUUGUUCUCUAAGUUUCCUUACGCUAUUAAGCGUCACA